AUGGGAUGGCACCGUGCUUCUGCGUUGGCUCUGGCCUUCGCAAGUGCGUUGUCCAUGGUGUGUGCGGACCUGGCCCAGACGUACCCUAUGUCAACGCCGCUGGACUGGGAGGUGGCCUCAGAGAUGCAGCUGUCAGUCUCGGCGGCUGAUGAGGAUGUCGUCCCCCUGAUCUACACAGUCAUCCCUCUGACGACGGAUCUGGGGUUGAACGAGUCCCAGACGGACCGAGGACGAAUCAACAUCCAAGGCAAGCUGACCUACGCCGAUGCCACUACCUAUACCGACAUCAGCGGCGCAGAUGUAAUUCCAUAUCUGUGUUGUGACCAGAUGAACAACUCCUUUAUUCAGCCAAACGAGAUCCUCAAUCAGCUCAUGAGCAACGACCCCCAACCAGCCGCCAUUCUCCUUUACAGCCAGCAGGACCAGUGCUGCGGUCUAGCAGGGCAGAACCUCAAUUACCAAAAGAUCCUCACCACUCCAGACCUCACAACUGCCUCCCAGGUCGAAAACAUCACCAUGCUCGGCGGAGGAGCCGCGCUGGCGGCCAUCGCCGGCAAUUUUACAAACAACGUGGAGGAGAGCUCAUCGAACGGCAACAACUCUGCCGUGGCCAUGAGCAUAUUGUAUAGCAUCACCGGCCUCAUCACUCUCCUCUUCCUCAUUAUCAUCGGCUCGGGAGCCAUCCGUGCCCACAGAUACCCCGAGAGAUAUGGCCCGCGCGCCGGCUUUGGCGGGAGGUCGAGGCAAAGCCGGGCAAAGGGCCUCGCUCGCGCGGUCCUCGAGACUUUACCCAUCGUCAAAUUCGGCGACAACCAGCAGCAGCAGCCGAAACCAGAUUUCGAUACCGAACUUGAGAGUGCUACUGUCCCGGCCCAAGAGCCAAGGCAGCGUACCGCGGAUGCAAGCCACGAAGCGCCGCCUCGCAAUGAAUCACAACGCCAUCUAUCUACGAUCCCAGAGAGUCCCACCACCGAGGCUGCUGCCUCUGGAACCGAACCACCAACAAAUGGCCUCAGAACUGUGGGCAGCGGCGCCUCGACCACCUCUGUGGGAAAGGGAACCAGCGGUUCUGGUGGUGACGCCAACAAGGCAAAUGCCGGCGCGGGAAUUGGUGAGGAGGGCCUUGGCUGCUCGAUCUGUACCGACGACUUCAACGUGGGUGAGGACGUCCGCGUCUUACCGUGCAACCACAAGUUCCACCCACAAUGUGUCGAUCCAUGGCUGGUAAACGUGUCUGGGACAUGUCCCCUCUGGUGA